AUGAACGAUCAUACUAAGAUUCGUGUCUGUUUUAUAACACAACAAAAAGAUAUUGAAGUAGAUCGUACGCCUGUUUUUGUUCCACUUUCAUUAGCGCCUUCUGGACUGAAUCAUGUUGUCAAUCAUCUUUUGGAAAGAAAUGUGCCUAUAACUUUUGCAUUUUUGAUUGAUGGGCAAUUUUUGCAUACCUCAAUUGGAGAAUAUUUAGCAAAAAAGAAUCUUUCAUAUGAAACAAUUCUUUAUGUAGAAUAUAUUCGUUCUACACAGCCACCAGUGUACCUUGCAUCAUAUAUGCAUGAUGACUGGGUAUCUUCUAUUCAUGCGUCUGAUUCACAAUAUAUACUUUCAGGAUGUUAUGAUAGUUUAUCACGAGUUUGGAAUGGAAGCGGUGUUGUUAUAGCACAAGCAUAUGGGCAUUCUGGGCCUGUCAAGUCUGUUCGUUGGAUUAAAGAUAACCAAUUUGCAACAUCAAGUAUGGAUCAGACAAUUAAAGUGUGGAAAUGGAAAUCAAAACAUGAUUUGGAUUUUACGGUAUCAUGUCGCUGUAUUUAUGAGAUGAAAGGACAUACUAUGUCAGUUGAAUCUAUUGCAAUUGAUUCAAAAACAAAUAGACUUUUGAGUGCUGGUGCAGAUGGAAACAUUGGAAUUUGGAGUAUUAAUGAUAAUGAUGAUGAUCUAGUACAUAAUAAUAAAAAUGAUACGCACUUAAACAAAAAAAGAAAGAAAAACGAAUCAAAAAAUAAAAUUAUAAUAAAAAAUCCUAUUUCAAUAAUACAAGGGCAUUCAUCGUCUUCUUCUGAUAUUAUCUUUGAUACUAAGGAUUCAACUGUUGGAUAUUCUGUUGGAACAGAUCAUCAUAUUAAAACAUGGGAUUUAGUUACAUUUUCUAAUGUAGAUACCAGGACUUCAAAAGAUGCCCUCUUUGCAAUACGACCUAUGCCUGCUUUAUCAUUAUUAGCGUGUGGUUCAUCAUCUCGACAUAUUCUUCUUCAUGACCCAAGAGUUUCUUCAAAAUUAACUACUGUACAGACAUUAAAAGGACAUACGAAUUUUGUAGUAUCAUUAUCUUCAUGUAUUAAAAAUGAUUAUAUGCUUAUAAGUGGAAGCCAUGAUGGUUUAGUUAAAAUAUGGGAUAUACGAGCACCAAAUGGAAGUUUAUAUUCGAUUAAACGUGAAAGUGGAAAAGAUGAUACAAAAGUAUUCAGUGUUGAUUGGAGUAGCAAUUUUGGUAUUAUAAGUGGUGGGGAGGAUCAUUGUUUACAAAUAAACCAAAUAAAUAAUUUAUAG